AUGAAUGAGCUGAACAUAAAGCUACAAGGGAAAGAUCAGUGUGUCCAUGAUAUGUACACAAACGUCAGAGCCUUCAAAACCAAGCUCGCCUUAUUCUCGAAGCAAAUGUCAAACACGUCAUUUGCUCCUUUCCCCACACUGGCGACACUAAAAGAGGCCCCUCGACAUGUGAAAAAAUAUAGGAAAUCACUGAAUGACCUGCAUGGAGAAUUCUGCCGUCGGUUAUCUGAUUUUGGAAAAAUUGACAAGUCACUUCAGCUGGUUUCAUGUCCCUUCACACAAGAUCCUGAAACAGUGCCAGGAGAGUUGCAGUUGGAACUGAUUGAUCUCCAAUGUGACGCUGUUAUGAAGGAGAAGUUCAACUCAUUAAGAGCAGCCAAAUUUCCAAACAUCCAGAAGAUGGCACAGAGGAUGCUGGUGUUGUUUGCCUCUACUUAUGUAUGUGAACUUUUAGUGUGA